AUGGUCGGAUACCAGGCCAUGUAUACCCUCACACCGGAGAGCCAACCUCAGGGACCGCAGCUUCAGCACCUUCAGCAAAUUCAACAAUUCCAACUUCAGCAGCUUCAACAGGAACAGGACGAGCUUGAGAAGCAGCAACAGGAACAUUUCCUCGCCAUGGACCAACGUCAAACCGCUAUGGGCCUCUCCGCUCAAGAACCCUUUGUUUUCGAUCCGUCGUCAUUGCCGCUCUACACGUCGUCGAUGCCGCUCGCAGAUUCGGGUCUUGUCGCCGACGUCUCUGGAAUGUCACUCCCAAACGAUAUUGGCCAAGGCCUUGGUGGUCAUGACUGGACAUCCUACUUAUCGAUAGGUCAAUUCGGAGAACCGACGGGCGGAGUCGAUAUGGAUCAAUUACAGAUGAUGCCCAGCGAUUCAAUGGCGGGAGGCGGCGUGUUUUCUUUUGAUAUGCAGGACUCCUCACCUGUGCUUCUUCAUACCGACCCACAGACACCGCAGCAGCAGCAGCAGCAGCAACAGCAACAGCAACAGCAGCUCGAGCAGCAGUCGUUGACGGCCCAACAGCAACACCAACUUCAGCAGCAGCGUCACCAACAGGAACAACAGGUUCAACUACAGCAACAACAACUCCAGCAACAACAACAGCAACAACAACUUCAGCAACAACAACAGCAGCAGCACCUUGAGCAGCAGCACCUUGAGCAGCAGCAGGUCGAGCAACAGCAACAACAGCAACACCGCCUAUACCAGCUGCAGCAACAGCAACAACUUCGAAUGCAACUAGAGCUUGCCACCCAAACACAGCUGCCACAGAGCCCCGGCAUCGGAAUGGCCUACUCUCCCUCGCCUCUUCACCACCAGCAGUAUUCUCAUCAAUAUCUCCAUGGAAUGAACCAGUUUCCUUCAGGACAUUCUCCUGCUCAGUCGCCUCUCUCUCCCGGAAACCAUGCAGAAGACGACUACUUUACGUCGAGACAGGCAUCCCCCGGACCAGCUUCAUCCCCCAGUGCCUCGUCCAAGAUCAAAUCCCGGCCACGACCCUCGACUACAGGCGCACGAGUCUCUCAAGGCGGCAUCAAGGCGCUCUUCGGACAGAAUGGUUCCAAGACUAACCGGGCUUCUCUCGAUCUCAAAUCGGAAACACCACUUCUUCAUUCGCCAACACAGGGACUGACAGCCGCGCUUAUGGCGGCCAAUCAAACAUCCAAUGGCAUCAACCCACCCAAGACGCCGCCACUUCGUAAAAAGAAGGUUGUCAAGGCUGUCUCGGCGGAGAUUCCCAUGGUUCAUCAACUGUCACUGAGCACGACACAGGCUGACAGCCAAGGCACCCAACCUGGACAAGAAUCGACGCCAGCCAAUCAGACGCCAUCGACCCCGUCACCUGUCCUCACCCUAGCGGAGCGACGAGCAGCAGCAGCGGCAGCAGGGAUCCAAAGACGGAGAUCCUCCUCAGAAUCAUCCACAACGUUGGCUCAGAGCUCUGCCGCUUCAGCUCUUCCUGCCAUUCCAAUGAGUCUGGGAUUGGACUCCAAGGCCAAGCGGAUCAUCUUGCCUCCGAACCUGACUCCUGGAAGCGAGAACAUUCCCCUUUCGAGUCCUUCGAUCCUGUCGACAUCGGCAACCUCACCAGCACCCAUCCAGAUUGACAGGAUUUUAUCUCGCCAUUCCAUGUCGCAGGCAAAGACGGAGGAGCAGCAGAGACUCAUGGAUGCGGCGAUGGAACGGGUUGAUUUUGACGAUGUGACAGUUGCAGAACUCAAGGAGAUGUUGAGGCAGCGUGGCAAGCAUGGCGGCGGCAAGAAGGCAGAUUUGAUUCGUCGACUGCAGUCAGAGAUUGAUAUCAUUCGCGCAAACCGACAGGCGCAGCCACAGUCGCAGGCGGGUACAGGUGCUGGUGCUGGUGUGCGCCAGGCAGGCGCUUCGAUCCCAGCCCCACUGGCGUCACCGACACAUUCAUUGUACAAGACGCUUGGAGGCAUGCACAUUGGAACACCCCCUAUCCACCCAGGAGCCUCUAUGCCGUCGUCGUCGCACUCGAAUCUCCGAUUUGCGCUGUAUACCGAGUCAAUGGACACCGAGGCAGCACCGGUUGGCCAUUCAGGACAGAAUGGCAAAUGA